AUGAGGAGGGGACCCCGGAGGUUUCCCCAGCCGCUCUCCCGACGCCCGGACGGCGCCGACCUUCCCAAAAGUCAGCAACUGGCGCUGUGCUUCAGUCAGUGGAUGGAGCUGUCCGACCAGCCGCAGAUUUCCAGUACUGUUUUGGAUCUUUGCUACUCCAUAUUUAACAGCAUGCAUACAAAUGAGGAAUCACAGAUYGCUGCAGCAGAGUUUACAAAGAAGGAUAGUCAUGGGACUCUGGGACGACCCUUUUUCCUUUUCAGGCCUCGAAAUGGAAGAACUAUUGAAGACAGAGAAUAUCAUGAAGUAUGAAGUUCGUGGGUCCGUUUACCAGGCUGACGACUUUCUUUAUACAAAGAAAAGAAACUUCCUGUUUAGAUUGUCUAUUAUGUGACUCAGCUGUCUGGAAGUGACUGUUCCAUAUAAUA